AGGAACCUUCCUCUCCUUCCUCCCGAAGCAAAAACCGAGCUACAGGAGUCCGCGAUAUAGGCGCCGACCAGCAGAGACCGAGCCAAAACAAUAAUCUCACCAUCACGUAUCCCUCCCUCCACCCCAUGGACGCCGACCUCGACCUGGACGCCCUCCUCGCCUCCUUCGACGGUGAAUCUGCCAUCUCCAGCCUCUUCCCCCCGCCUCCGCCCGAUGCGGAGGCGGGGUCGCCGGAGUCGGUGAGCUCCCGGUCGAACCCCGCCGGAGAGGAGGUGCUGUCGGAGAUCGAGAGGUUCCUGAUGGAGGAGGAGGCGGCGGAGGCGGAAGGGGUGGAGGGGAUCAGCGUGGAGGAGUUCUUCGACGCGCUGUUCGACGGCGCGGAGGGGGCCGAGAAGGCGAAGGAGAGUGAGGCUGGUGGUAGCACGGAUGGGGACUCCGGGAGGGAGGAAGAGAGGGUGGAGGUUUUGACGCCGGAGACGGAGGUGGAUGUGGAGAAGGUGGAUGGCGAUGAUCCUAUCAGCAAGAAGAAGAAGAGGCAAAUGAGGAAUAGGGAUUCUGCCAUGAAGUCGAGGGAGAGGAAGAAGACAUACGUGAAGGACUUGGAGGUGAAGAGCAAGUAUCUCGAGGCAGAGUGUCGCCGCCUCAGCUACGCACUCCAGUGCUGCGCAGCCGAGAACGUGGCACUGCGCCAGAGCAUGUUGAAGGAUAGGCCUGUUGGUGCUCCCACAGCCAUGCAGGAGUCUGCCGUACUCACGGAAACCCUGCCGUUGGUUUCCCUGCUUUGGCUCGUGAGCAUCGUGUGCCUAUUCUUGACGCCCGGCCUACCCAAUCAAAGCCCGGUGGCUCCAAGGAGUGUCGGAAGAGAUCUCGUGAUGGUAGCCGGAAAGUUAAGCAGUGAUCAACCAGAGACUCUGGAGCUUUUACUCCAUGGAAGGCGCCACAGGGGCAAGAGGGGGAGGAUGAAGCUAGAUGCCUUGCCUUUCCAUGCCGCCGCAGCAGCUUGAUAGGCUAGUGCCACCUUAUUUGGAGCAUGUAGUGUAGUUAGAAUGCUAUUAUGUGUGUUUUCUUGUUGCCAACGUGGCUUUAUCCGCGAAUUAUGUUUUUGUUCUUUCUCCACCUAUGCAGAGUCCCUAUAUGUUAAUUUUCUGCCUCGCAUAAAUUGGCACUCCUUUAUGUGUCUGGCUAUCUGGAUUUAUGCAACUGAGAGAUUGGGGGCUGGGAUUUCUAGUACCA